GCAAGCCAAGCUGGCUACAAGUUGUUUACAAGGAUGAACCAUUCGUCAACAAGCUGUGAGCUAUCCUGGUAAUGUUUCAACAUUCCUGUACAGAGCUGAGCAGAAACCCGAGGGAGAAAUGAAAGUGAAACUGUAGUGUUUAGCAGGAACACCGCAGUGCUGGAGGACACAGGGUUGGGUCUGUUGUUUUAUCGUCUGCAGGGAAACAUAGUUUGAAGACGGAUUAAGCGCAACGGCGGGUCAGCCUUUCUUUUUCUUCAUUAUUCCGCUUUACAAACAUUACUGUUAGCAGCAGCACAUCGCUAAAGUGAAUGGGAAUUUCUUGCACAAGGAGUGCAAUGUAUGUGUACUGCAGGUCCCUAGCAGUUAGAGGGCUUUCGAACUGUGGUCUGUCAUGCUGUAUAAAUGCUCUGCUCCAGUCCUUCUCAGCCACUCCAGAGUUGUUCAACUUGCUCAACAGAUGGCUGCCUCCUGAUGAUUUUAGAGACCACUGCAAUGUUCCCCUAGAACUUAAAAGUGUGUUGUAUGCCAUGAGGGACCAAUUGCAGCCCGCCCCUCAUCGAGACUUCUUGAACUGCCUUCACCAUAACUCCAUUCAUUGUUUUACUCAACAUGAUGCUGAUGAAGUCUUCCACAUCAUCCUCAACCUCAUUAAGAAGCAGAUGCCUGACCAAGAUCUGGCUGCAGAAAUCCACAAUCUUUUCAAGAUUGUGAUGGAAGGACAAAUAAAGUGUUUAAAAUGUGCAUAUGUACAUCAUAUCCCAAACUUCUCACUCAGCCUCCCUUUACAUCUCAGUGAGCAGAACAACACUCUGGAGCAAUGUAUUCAAGCUUUCUUUAAGAUGCAACCAUUGGAUGGCAGUGAACAAUUCUGGUGUGAUAGAUGUGAUGAGAAAAGGCCAGUUGCUCAGGGAUUAAAGAUUGUUUCAUUGCCAUCCAUUCUGUGCAUUCACCUAAAGAGGUUCAGAAAUGACAGUGGCUCCAUCAGGAAGCUGAACUGCAGGGUCACAUUCCCAGAAUCCUUCAGUACAGACAUUUUGACAGAGCAUGCAACAGAAAAUAUGCUUAAGGGUAUGUACACACUGUAUGCAGUUAUAGUGCAUUCUGGAUCUACUCACUUUGGACACUACACUGCAUACAUCUGUUCCCCAAAGGACUGUACAUGGUAUUACACUGAUGAUAGCCAUGUGCGUCAGGCAAGCUGGAAGGAUGUUCAGCAGACAUAUGAAGGGAGAUCUGGUACUGCAUACAUGCUGUUAUACAGGAGAAGCAGCUCAGAGGCAUUACAAGAUUCCCCAGAAUAAAUUUUGGAGUACCUCAUCAUCUCCCUUCUGAACACCUUAUUUUAGUACUUGCGCUUGUAUUAUAUUUUUAAUGAGAUAUAUUUUAAUAAAUUGUUGGGGUUGUGGGCCACUUAUAUUCAUAGAAGUUUUUUUUUAACAUGCAGUGUAAUAUAUUUUUGUGACAGGAAAUGAGAAAAAAUGUAUUCCUCUGCUAAAUAUGUAUCACAAAAUAAAAGAUGUUAGUAUUCCUGA